CCUUACAUGUGGAUCAGCUGGUUCUUAGGCCCUCGGGUAAUCAGGCCCCGAUGCACCUUCAAGGCCAGGCCCACCGAAGCCCGGCUACAGCUGCGAACUCACAGAGAAGACGCAGCCAUCCAUUCAUCAGCAGCGGCUGUUUCUGUGGAGCCCGGCCCUGCCAGGGCCCACGGAGCCAGCCGGGUCCAGCCUGCGUCCUCACGGCCAUGGAGGCUCUGGGUCCUGGCGGCGAGCGCACCUCCCCCAGAAGCCUACACUUGCGGCAGCCGUCCACCUGAGCCCCACGCACUGCCGUGUGAGGCGGGGGCCCAACACCAACGCACAGAGGAGCCGGACUCUGGGUCCAAGAAGCUCGGAGGCGCCCCGUGGCCUGGCAGGCGGCGGCAGCAGAAGGCUUCCGGAGAGGCGCUGGGUCCCUGGAGAGGACCAGGAGGGGCCGUGGCCCUUGUCCAGGCUGUUCCUCCAGGAGUGGAAACCCCCAGAGCCUUGUUUCAGACGUUUUCCAGGGUCUUGCCUCAGAAGGAGGCCGCAGUGGUGUGUCCUGCUGAGGGCCCGCGGAGCAGCCCUGCCGACUGUGAAGAGAGGGUUGCAGAGCCCUGCACGGAGCCUGGCCGGCUGCCCUCCCUUCCUGAUGAUGAAGUGUUCCUCGAUGAAGCCCCUCUGGGCCGGCUGAGCUUGCCUCCCGAAGCCUGCACGCCCCAGGCAGCCCAGGCCAGGGUCCGUGCCUCUGACCCAAACUCUGGAACUGGCUUGGACCGGGCUACAGCCCCCCCACGGUGUCCCCUCCACGAAUGUCCAGGGACUGCAGGGGCAGAGGAUUGUUGGCAAGGGGUGAAUGGGUCUACGGGUGUCGCCAGGCCCACAAGCUGUAGCCUCCCCAGGACUGCAAAUGGGGACAUCCCAGCCACUGACUCCACUGUGCUGCUGACCCCCGCCACCCCUUCAGCGGCAGAAAGUGACCCUCUCAAGCCUCCCCCAAGCAAUGCCCUGGGUCCUUCAGGCAGUGCUGCUGCAGAUCCCCCGCACCACCCUUCCCUGGCCUGGGGCACCGGCCAGUUGGGCUCCAGACCAAUAUGGCCCAGCCAGCGUCUGGAAGAGCUGGUUCAGGAGCUGGCCAAACUGGACCCCUCCCUGAGUGACACUCUUGCCUCAGACCCCAGCCCAGAGCCACCCCUGGGCCUGCUAGAUGGGCUGAUUCCUCUAACAGAGGCCCACGCCGCAGUGAGGCCAGGAGAGGAGGCUGCAGGUACUUCUGAGCCAAGGUCCUAUCCGUUCAGCUUCACCCAGCUACUACCAGCUUCUCAGGAGAAGACAAGGCCAGAAAAUGCUACCCUCCAACCUGUGCCCAGCCAGCCAUGUGUCCAGGAGCUCCCAGCACCAAAUGUCAGCAUCCAGGCCAAGAAAGUGGAGCUAGCAGGCCUCCUCCAAAACAUGCUACAGAACCUUCACUCCAAGCAGGAGCAGCUGCAGGGUGGGGCUGAGGCGUGGUCCAGGCGCAGGGCAGCUCUGGAGGCUGCAGUGCGUCAGUCCUGUGCACCCCGGGAGCUGGAGCGGUUCAGCCGGUUCAUGGCGGACCUCGAACGCGUGCUCGGCCUCCUGCUGCUGCUAGGCAGUCGGCUGGCCCGCGUUCACCGCGCCUUGGCUCGGUUGGGCCCCGACGGCGACCCUGAGGAGCGGGCCUCUCUGCUGCAGCGACUCGGCCUUCUGCAGCGACAGCAAGAGGACGCCCAGGAGCUGAAGGAGCACGUGUCGCGGCGUGAGCGGGCCCUGCGCGAGGUGCUGGCGCAGGCUCUGCCGGAGGAGGAGGUGCGCGCCUACUGCACGCUGCUGGCUGACAAAGCCGCCGUCCUGGCCCAGCAGCGCAACCUGGACGAACAGGUCCGGUUCCUGCAGGACCAGCUGGACACCAUCAGGAGCGACCUGAGCCAUCGGCCCCUUUCUCCCAGGCCAUCCUGGCUCCCAAAGACCUGUCUGGAUAAACAGCCAUUCCCUUCUCCCCCUAUUUAGUUUCAGGAGUCGGGGGGGCACACUCCCCGCCCCCCAUCUGGGACGAUGCUGGUUUAUCCGAGCAGGGAGGACCCAGGCCCAGCUGCCCUCUCAGGAGGGCACUGUUCCAAAUGGCCUUUCCCAUCUUGUGGGUACCUGGGAACUACCUAGGGUCCUACAACUGGCAGUUUCCCCCUUUCUGUGAUGAGAGAGGACUUCUGUGAGGGUUGAUUGAAGGGGAGAGAGACCAGUCAGAGGAGCACUUCAACCUAAAGUGCAAAACGGCCUUUUUCAAUAAAAAUUCCUAAAGAGG